CAGGACCUCUCUUUUUUUCUACAGAGGUUUGACGGGGCUAUAAAAGAGUCAAAGGCUGCCGCUGCAGGCAGAAGAGACAGACAGAGAGACACUGACCAUCACAGCAGAGACCAGUGGACUUAACUCUACCUCCAGUGACCCAGAGUGCUAUUAAACUACUUCAUACCAAGGAGAAGAAUGGGACUGCACAGUGUUGAGGAACUGGUGUCCGGGAAGAAGUCAGAGGGCAAAGAGGCAGACGACUUCCAAGGGGGCGUGUACGAGGCGGCUGUCAAUCAAGAGAAGCAGGAUGACCGCCGGUCCCACAGGGCGCUGGUGGGUGGAGGUCUGUCAGAGGAGAGCGACAGUGGCAGCGAACAGGAGGAAGUCAGCGUGGCAGCUCUCAAUAUGGAUAAAAGCGGCAGGCUGAAGUUGGAGACAGUGGACGACCUGUUCAACAUCCUGCAGCUGAGGAACAGGAGGAGGGAGAGGAAGGCUCCCGUCCACAAGAAACAACAGCCAGAGCCUGAGACUGUGCCAGAGACUGUGGAUGAGCAGCUGUUUCUGACAGCAGCCAUGGAGAACAAACUUCCUGUGGUGGAGAAGUACCUGACUGAUGGAGGAAACCCCAAUGUAGCCGACCACUUCCAGAGAACAGCUCUGCACAAAGCCUCGUUCAAAGGACACGUGGAGGUCAUGAAAAGACUCCUGGAGGCCGGAGCUGCCAUCGACAAAAAAGACAAGCUGGAGGCCACAGCGGUCCACUGGGCCUGCAGAGGAGGCAACCUGCCGGCCCUGCAGCUCCUCCUCGACCAGGGAGCCAAGUUCACCUACAGAGACAAGUUGCACAGCACUCCUCUCCAUGUUGCUGUGAGGACAGGACACUGUGAGUGUGCUGAGCAUCUCAUUCACUGUGGAGCAGACGUCAACGCCAAAGACAGAGACGGAGACACACCCAUGCACGAUGCUGUGAGGAUAAACAGAUUCAAGAUGAUCAAGCUGUUGAUGAUGUACGGGGCCAGUCUCAACACUAAGAACUGUGAUGGAAAAACUCCAAUGGAGACGCUGUAUUCGUGGCAGAACGGAGCCAAGAGCCUCCUGUGUAACUUCAGCCAGGAGAAGCCCAACCAGUAGAACCCAACACAUUCCAGCAAAAGCAGAAAUUCAAUAUGAGAUGCAGCCACAGGACCCGUCGGUUCAUCAGGAAAAGAAGCGAUAGAGAAGUGAAAUAUCUUGGAUUUUUCUAGCCCAUUCUAGUCAUUUCCAUACUUUCAUGAAGUCUUUCUUAAUGACUGUUCAUCCAGGGAGGCUUUCAUCCCCUCAGGAUGGAACCGUUAUUAAAUCUAAAGUUCUACAGCUCAGGUGGAGUGUUUGGAUGCUGGAAGAUAUCUUAACCAAGAGAGUAUUAGUCAUUACGUUACCUUACUCCUCCUGGCAGUGUUGUGCAUGAACGCGCUGAAAAAGUGAACAUGCUCGUGUUUUUGGUGAACAGUGAACUGAACGUAACCGGUUGCAACUAAUGAACGCGCUCACGCACUGUGUUGUACGGCACCCGGCAUGCCGGUGUUUUGGGUCACAGAUUUUUGAAACCACACAUCGAGCUAAAGCAUCGGACCAGUCUUGGGAAAUAUCUGUGAGUGAAUGAUGAUCACAAGAAAUCAUUAAAGGGUAAGACCACGAGCCAACAGCCGCUAUGUUCCUCCACCCAAGUCAAACUCAGCAUUUUGAAAAGGAAAAAAACGGAUGAAAUUAAGGUGAACUAGUUCAUUUUAAUCUGUGUAAACUGAACUAUGAACUUGUAUAACACUGCCUCCUGGUUCAGGGAUUUGAACUGGCAACCUUCCCGGCUUUUAUCGGAAGACUGAUGGCAGGAUUACAUUUUCUAAUGUGUCAUGUUAAUUAUACAUCUUGUGUACAGUCACAUGGGAGAAGGAGCAGGAGCCUUUGAUCAACAAUGUGAAAUCUUAUCAGGAUGUUGUUAAUAAUGUGUUCAUUAGGACUGAUAGAUUCAUUGAUCGCCAUGUAUUGCUGGACAAUGUCUCGGCUGAUAACAUGAAGAUGUUUUUUUUCCCUUUUUCUUAAUUUUUACUUUAAGCUGAGUUGAAGUCAGCGAUACUGCAUCGAGAAGAUGGCGUAUUUAUUGAUUACUGUUUGAUUGAUUUAUUUCAAUACCAUACACUCAAUAACUGAGUGACAGUCUAGAGUUAUAAUAACUAAGUGACAGUCUAGAGUUAUAAUAACUGAGUGACAGUCUAGAGUUAUACUGUAGUUGGUUUAAUAAUUUUUUUACUGUCAGAUUUUAACCAAUUAUAUAAACUUAGAAUUUACUGAUUUUAAUUGACUAAUUAAUGGAAACAACUGGGAGAUACUGCUUUAGGUUUUCCAGAUGUACAUCAUGUGGUUCACACUUUCCUCGCAGUCCCAUUGGCUCAACAGUCUGUCGAUCAGUCAAGUUAUUUAUUUGUAUACAUAUUCUCCAGCUCAGUGUGAAAAGUUAGAAGGGAGGAAGUAGGCCUCCUCUUGCUGGUAGAUGAUGUGUGUUGUUGUACUUAAACAUUCAGAUGAGUUUAACCAAGUUCUUUGGUCUUGUGCAUUUUAAGAUUGAGAGAUGAGAGAUGAGACAGGAUGAAUUAAGUUUUUGGAUCAGAAAGAAAAAUUUCUCCACUUACACUUCUUCUAUUGAUGUUGGUGAUCUGCAGAUUUACACUUCUACUAUGUGCAAAUACCUAGCCUGCAAAAUGGACAACUACGUUAGACCUUGUCUCCUGCAGCGCCAUGCAUUUAAGUCGCAUAAUAAAAUGUCUUUUACUAAAUUUUUCAAAUCCGUACUGCAUUAAUGUAUACAGGGAAACUUACAGAUGAGCAAGUCUUCUUGAUAUUCACACUUUUCCACAUCAAGUCCCAUCUCAUUUAUUUUGGCUCGUCUUGCUCUCGGUUGCAAUACAACUUUUUCCUUUAAAUUCAGAACAUCAUUUAUCAUUUUGAAAACUUGCUUCAGUUCAUUAUUUCCGCUGCCAAAAACAAGUCCAAAACCCUGCAACCCUGUGCAUCUAAUUUUCCUCAAACCCCAAGCAUUGCUUAGGUAUUUGUUAGUAGGUUUAGUCUAGACAACCUUUAGACCAAGUUCAUCUUCAUCAAGAGUGGGAGACAGAAGAAGCUGAAAAGUCACUGUUGGUUCAGAGGAUGUUUGACAUUGUGUUUGUGUGGAUAAAACAUGUCUUGCUAUAUGAAUGGUAAUCAGAUUUAUUUAGAUUAGUCAAGAUGUAUGUACAUUUUACCUUGUAUUUAUGGAUUAAUUGAAUAAAACAGAUUUUGAAUUUUGAA